UUCCUUGAUGCCCAGCCUCCUUUGCUCCUUUGCUAGGUCAGAUCAGCAUGGAUCAGCCAGCGGGGCUGCAGGUGGACUACACCUUCCGGGGAGUGGAGCAUGUGGUCCGUUUGGCUGUCACUGGGGAGGUUCUGGAGCUCGAGGUAGAGGACAGACUGACCACUGACCAGUGGCGUGGGGAGUUUGAUUCUGCUUUCAUUGAAGACCUGACCCACAAGACUGGCAACUUCAAACAGUUCAGCAUCUUCUGCAGCAUGCUGGAGUCGGCCCUCAUGCAGAGCAGCGAGUCAGUCACUCUGGACCUACUGACCUACACAGACCUCGAGGCCCUUCGGCACCGCAAGGUGGGGCCCCGGCCUGGGCCUUCAGCCCCACGCUCAGCUCAGCUCAACUCCAAGCGUUACCUCAUCCUGAUCUACUCAGUUGAGUUUGACAGAAUCCACUACCCACUGCCCCUGCCAUACCAGGGCAAGCCGGACCCCGUGGUUCUUCAGGGCAUCAUUCGGUCCCUGAAAGAGGAGCUGGCGGAGCUGCGGUCCCGGGGCGGCCGGGACGCUGAAAUCCGCCAUCUUCGGGAGCAGCUCACCCGGGCGGUAAGUGAGAAGAGAGAGCUGGAGGUCGCCCUGGACCGGGCCCGAGAAGAAGCAGGGGGCCGGGCCACGGCUCACCAGGAAGUGGCUGUGCUCAAAACCAUGGUGGCCAACCUGGAAGAAGAACUGAGACGGGAGCGGGGCCAGCAUCACCGGACGGCCGGGCGGCGGGGCCAGGAGUGCCGGCGCCUGACCCAAGAGUUGGAAGAGGUGAAGUCGUCAGAGCGGAGCCUCCGGGCCAGGCUGAAGUGCCUGUCCAGCGAGCUGGCCCUGUACAAGCGAGGGAGGAGGACCCCGUCUUCAGGACAGGUGUCCCAGCCCCGUAAGGAGCAGCGACGGGCCAUAUCUCAGGAGAGGAGCCUGUCCUGGGGCCGAGUGCCCCCCCGAUCCUCAUCCCAGGAGAGCAGCCGGGGUCGCAGGCCCUCCCGGCCCUCCCCAUCCCCGCCAGGCAUUCGGGCGCCCCGCUUCGACCCCACUGCCUUUGUAAAGGCCAAAGAGCGAAAGCAGAGGGAGCUCAAGUUGAAAAACCAGCAAAGGAACCGGCUGGGGACUGGGGAAGGCUCGGGGAGCUGGGGCCGCAGCCGGGCCCGUGGUGUGUGCCAGAUGUCUCGAGAGGAGAGAGCCCCCAGGAGCCGGACACGAAGCUCCUCAGUGGAGAGCUUUCGGAGCCGUCACUCAUCGCUCAGUUCAGCCAGUGAAUUUGAGGAUUUUUCCAACCCAAUUUCUCGAGGGCUUCGGAGGCAGCCCCGAGGUCGGAAGCCCUUGAGUCCCUCCUCCUGGAAUGGCUCUGCAGAGGUGCCCACGCUGGACAGUGGCCACAGAAGACGCCAGGCUAGCAGCACCCCUACCCCAAGGGGCCAGGCCUUUGGCAAAGAAAACACGUUUGAGGAGCCAUCAGCUGACCUGUCAGAGAUCGAUGCCCGCCUGCAGGCCCUACAAGAGUACAUGAACAGGCUGGAUACUAGGACGUGACCCCCCUCCAGGAGGGCCUGGGUUCCCUUCUGCCCCUUAGCCCCCCAGCUGGAGGCCAGAACUCCUGAGCCUGGGAGCGUGAGGCUGCGGAGGCCUCUGUGUGUGUCUGUCUGUCUGUCUGUGUUGAAGGGUGGAGGGUGGGCAACAGAGGAUGUAAAUAAAAGUUCCCUCGUUUUCCCUCCA